GCGAACGAUGAAGAAAACAUUGCAAUGUUAUGAGUUUGGGGACGAUGCUAACCUCUCUGUAGACAGUGCUGUAGGACACAUGCACUUAUCACUGUUAUUUAUGGCAUCAGACUGGUGUAUUUAAACGAUGCGAGCUAUUGUUUCUGUAUCCCGCUGGUACUUUUUGAUGAGAACGGGGGUCUGGAGCCGAGACAUCCAGAAUAACGGGAUACAACUGACAGACGGAUCGACCGUUGGACCUGCUGAAUAACGGGCUCAUGUAAUGUGUCCGAGACGAGUCUUCAAUGGUAGGAUAGCUUCUUUAAUAAAGCUAGCUGCUGUGGGAGGCUGGGAUAAACAGCUGAAGGCAGGUGGGCCAGAGAUGGGAAAUGACACCGCGGUCCUCGAAAUUCAUCCGCUUGAGCGAAGGAGGAGGAUAGCCCUUCAUGCAGAAUAUCCUCGGUGAGAACAUUGUGUCUAGUUAACGCUAUUUUAACACACGACAGUUUACUUCGCUUCAAACCACAAGGAAACGGUGCAAACGUUGUUUUUUUUUUUUUGACGCAAGGAGGACUUUUAUAGUGUCCCAUCACUUUGCAGAAAUGUCCUUCACAAUGGAGGAUAAUUUGGAGUCGGGCUGGGUAGCCGUCCGCCCGAAUGCGUUUGAGGAGAAGGAGAAGCAUAAAUUUGUUUUUAUCGUAGCCUGGAAUGAGGUGGAGGGCAAAUUUGCAAUAACCUGCCACAACAGGACGGUGCAGAGGAGAAGCUUUUGCAGGGACCCUCUGUUGGAGACAAGCGGCCAGGAUGGGGACAAAACAAAAUGGCUCGAAAGUCCUAUCAGGGAUAAAGUAGCAAAGAGUCCGAGCAAAGGAGCCAGGGAGGCUGUGGGGAGAGGCAGCAGUCCUACAAACAAGUCCACGACAGUAUCAAAACCAAGUCCUAUAAAAAAUCAAGCUGUGCUCAAAUCUACUACAUCCCCUGUUAGUCCUGAUAUUGAAGUGUUAAGGGAGGACCCUCUGUCCUCCUCACUGGACAGCUUGGACUUGGAGGAAUUGGACAGUCUGAGCAGGGAGGACUGCAGCUGGGCUGGACUGUUCUCCUUCCAGGACCUCCGGGCCAUCCACCAGCAGCUGUGCUCGAUAAACUCGGACCUGGAGCCCUGCCUCCCAGUGUUUCCGGAGGAACCAGCCGGGAUGUGGACUGUGCUGUUUGGUCCAGCAGAAGUACCUGAAACAGAAAUGGAUGAGCUUUGCUACAGUUUACAGGUGUACCUGGGCCACGCUCUGGAUACGUGUGGAUGGAAGAUCCUGUCCCAGGUUCUGUUCACGGAAAAUGAUGACCCAGACGAGUACUACGAGAGCCUGAGUGAGCUGAGACAGUCUGGGUAUGAAGAGGCACUCAAUCGUGCAACAAAACAUCUGCAAGAGUUGCUGGAGAAGCACAAGACAAUGGAAAGUAUGGUGGACCUGUUGGAGCUGUAUGAGAAAGAGGACCACGCCUAUGGGGGCCUGCUGGAGACCUCUACACAGCUGUACCAGUACCUACUUCAGCCCUUCAGAGACAUGAGGGAGCUAGCAAUGCUACGCAGGCAGCAGAUCAAGAUUUCCAUGGAGAAUGACUACUUGGGGCCAAGGCGAAUCGAAGCUCUUAAAAAGGAAGACUUUGACUGGCAGAAGAAAGCUCAGGGAGCAGUUCUCAACAUCCAGGAAUUCACUGUAAAAUACUUUGAGAUAACUGCAAGAGCCCAGAAAGGGGUGUAUGAGCGAAUGAAGGUGGACCAGCGUAAGUUUGGUAAAUCUUCAUGGACUGCAGCGGUGGAGCGCAUGGAGAGACUCCGUUACUCUGUGGCCAAGGAAACUCUGCAGCUCCAGAGAGCCAGAGAGAUCUGUCUGGAGCAGAGGAAGCACACACUUCGAGAGGAGAUGCAGAAUUUGUGUAGCAGUGAGGAUGCCAUGGCUCUCUUAGACCACAUGGAGACACAAUACUACGAGCUUCAGCUUCAGCUGUAUGACAUCCAGGCUGAGAUACUACAGUGUGAAGAGCUGCUCCUCACUGCUCAACUAGACAGCAUUCGCAGACAGAUGACAGAACGCCAGGAUGAAGUGGUGUACUAUGACACCUUUGAAAGUGCAGAUGAUAUAACAGAGGAUGAUACUGCAGAGAGAGAGGAGCUGCGCAGACUUCAGGUCAGCGCUCGACAGCUGGAGGCAAGGAGGGGGCGCAUCACUGUAAAGCGCUCCUACCUGAGGAACAAAAGGGAGAUCUGUGUAUUGAACCACACCCAGAAACAGCAGAAACGUCAAACCAUGCACAUGGACUCAAUAUCCCAGCAGGUCUUACAGCUGAAAAAUGAAGAAGAUGAAAAUGAGGAGAAGAAGAACAGCAGAGUCAGUCAGGAGAGACAAAAAACUUUAGACAGGCUUCGCACUUUUAAGCAGAGGUACCCAGGUCAGGUGAUCCUAAAAUCCACUCGUCUACGCGUUUCUCACAACAGAAGAAGAGAACGUGGAAGGAGUAUGGAAAUGAGUAGCUUGAGUGAGAGGGAAGAGCAUACCGAGUCUGUCCGUGUUGAGAUGCGGGGUCAGCCGUUGUGUCUGAGUACCAGCGUUCAGACAGACCCCAGCCCAAGCACCACGCUUACUACGCAGCCUGUCACUGCUCUCACAGCAUCCCUCCCUCCGCUGCCUGUGCCAAGCCCUGCAGACUCCUCCUGCUCACCUUGCUCUCUGUCCUCACUACUAACAUCGCCCAUCUCCCCUCCUCCUCCGCCUCCCCCUCCUCCACCUUUGCCAACAAGGGAGGAGCCGUCGCCCUCUGAGAGCCCAGGUCGGCAUUGGCAGAAGGUUGACGUAAAGAGUGCAGGUGAAGAGCUCUCCCCACUUGGUCCAUUUAUUCCUCGCUUCUUUGACAGCAGCCAGUUGUUAAGUGCUCGGAAAAGGCUGAAGAAGACUCCAGAGUUCGACUCCAGCAACAGAAGAGUGAGUUCACCUAUGGACGAAGUGCUGGCCUCCCUGAAGAGAGGCAGUUUCCACCUGAGGAAGGUGGACCAGCGAUCCCUGCCUCCAGCCAAGGGUGAUGACGACCCCAACAGCAUCCUGGCUCAGAUUCGCAAGGGAGUCAAACUGAGGCGUGUCCCCAGAAAAGAGAGAAAGGAUGAGAGUGAUCUCCCCACGGACCCCCUGACCAGAAGCAUCCAUGAGGCGCUGCGACGAAUCAAAGAAGCCUCACCAGAGUCUGACUCAGAUGAUGAUGGGCUGACCGGCCCUGACUGGGAAAGCUAGAGUUCAAGGCUAACACUCUCACACAAAAAAAGCGCACAGAUGCCUGCACCUUCUGGCACUGCACACUGUACUGUAUUGCACUGUACUGUGCACACAAAACACCAUUACUCCAUCAUUCACACGGAAGUACAAACCGCCCAGUCACAGAGGCGUCAGUGACAUGAACGUGGCUUGAAUCGUGCUCAUCAUUAUCAUCAAACUCACCAAAAGCUUCAAAUGUCUACCAUUAACCUGUUCUUUGUGUUUCACACUACCUUCACCAUCAUGGAGGACAUUAUUUCUCUUAUAUCAUCUUACUGUGGUUUUCUUCAUGUAAUCAGAUUGUAAUAAUGCCAUGUUUGUUUUUUAUUUGAUUCCACUUGUACUUAAAGCUCUGCACUGGCUCUUUGUGGAUUUAAUAACAGAAACAGCACAUAAAACUCUGCACUGAUGGUGAUGUGUGAUACUGAAAACCUCGUAGGGAAAGACAGGUGUGUGGUUGUUUCAAACAAGAAUGAAGAAGAGAAUCUGUACCUGUUACAACAAUACAGCAUGUAUUGUGUAUUGUUUAAAAUAGUGGGUAAUGUAGGAGAUUCAAAAAUAAACUAUGAGAUCUGAGCUGGAUUUACAGACAAAAUAGUGAACUGAUGAGCAUUACCUUUGUACUCUGGCUGAGCCACACUAUGCUGCACAGCUGGUUUUGUUUACACCACUUGAGGGUGUUUAAGUGUCGGACAGGAUCAGGACUACUGCUUGUCUAAUCUGACAACCUACAGAAACUGUAAACCCUCUGGUCUGUCACCCCAGCUCUCUGCCCCUCCCCCUCUUUUUGUCCUCUUCACCAACCUUAACUCUCACCCCAUCUCUGGGUGAGGAAAUACAGUAUGUGUCCACCCAUCUGUUUGGCUGAAGCAUAUGGCCAGGCUGGUGGGAGAUGUGAGGAGUCAUAAUAAGGUUAUCAUCUUAUUCCACAGUUUAGAGGAGGAUGGUCACCUCGAGUAGGAGAGGAAAAGCUGAAGGGUCGAUAACAGAGCUGCAGAGUUUCUUUAGUGAGGUGGAGGCCAUGGCUAGUGUCAGGACUCUUUGUAGAGUGUGGGCUCAACAUGGUGGGUGAAUCCCACCGUAAAUACGUGGGAUAGCCACAGCAAUGUGGUCACGCUUGUAUGAGAGUGAUGGAUGGUCUGUGGGAGGUUAAGAUACUCUGAGCGCUGCAGGGAGUCACUGUAGGCUGCAGGGAAGGCGGGCAUGAUUGAUGCUGUUGCUCCUCACAUUUUAUUCACUUUCUCUCCUCUCCUCCAGCCUAAUUUCUUUUUCUGCACUCAGUGGGCCGAGGCUCCCAGUAGGAGGUCUGUUACUCAUAAUGCUGGGAGCGAAAACAUGUUCAUGCGCACAUGGAUUCACGGCCUUAAUUCAGCCAACGUGAUGAAACAUUUUAGUGUCAAAGUGAGUCCAUAACCUCUUUGCAAAGGUUUAUUUACCUGUUUUCAGCACUUUCAUGGUACAUUGUACAAACACUGAAACACUAUCUGUGAAAAUUUGUUUUGUUUUUAGGUAAACAUAUACUAGUUAAAGAUAAUGUUUGAAAUCACUGAAUAACUUGUGGAGUUGGGCCUACUAAAGUGUGAUGAGAGGACCAGUGUAAUGCUUAGCACCACAUGAAUUAAUGCAAAUAGAACAAGCUGUCUGAAAAAGCCACAGCAUGUACUCAAACUUUGAUGCAAGAUUAUAUUUUUCUCUUGUUGUUGUGUUAUCAGCCAUUUGCAGAUGAAGUAGAUGAAAUGUAGAAAGUCCAAAUGAUGAUGAUGAUGAUAUAUCACAUCUUUACAGCUUGAGCAUGGCUCAGUGCUAAAAGAGUUUAUUGUUUCCUGUAGAGCAAACCUGGAGCACUUUUAAAUGGCUUAUAUCACUGUUGACACAAUGUUCUUCCAUGGUACGUUCAUCAUGUAGCACUGCAUAAAGAUCUUUCCCUGACCUGAGUCUUAGCUUAAACCUAAUCUGAACCUUUUAUGACUCAGUAUGUUUACAUGCAGUUAGAAAAAGCCAAAUUGUUGUGUUAGACUAAAACUGGACUUAAGAGACGCAAGCAAACAUUUUACACCGACUAAAAAUGUACCAUCUAUUCUAUAAUCACAUAAUCUAUUCUAUUGUUCGUACACUUCAGUUGGAUCCAAACUGGACAAAACAUUCUGCCUAUGCUCCAGAUUUUCUGAGCUGGACUUUGACUCAGAAUUCGAUGAGCAUAAAUGUGUAGCAUAGCAGAAGUUGUCUGCCUCCACUGGACAUACAACCAGUUUUAAGCUUCCUAACUACAAAAGGAAAAAGGUCUAUAGUAACCGGCUAUAUAUUUUCAUAUUCCAUAUCAGUCUGACAAACUUCCAUCGAUAAAUUGCCCCCCUCCUCCCCAGUGCUUGCAUUCUGGGAUAAGGACAGUAGGCCAUUUAAAUUGCCAUAUCCAGCUUUAUGGGGCUUUUCAAUUACAUUGAGCAGCUUUGCUCUACUUGGUUUGACUCGGCAUAGCAGCCCAGCAAGACAGGGAUUUGCUUUUCCACCACAGCCAAGCUACCUGUUUGAGGGUGCGCCUGGAGCUGAUGACGCAGCGUUUUGAGUCAAUGAUGUUUUAUAGCUAAGUGUCAAAGCCGUGCUUUGUUCAAGAGUUGGCCAAUGGCUGAAUCUCAAUCUCCACCCUAAACCCUGAGCCCUUAAGGACUUAAUUGACUGCACCUGGAAAGUGAUUGAGUGCAUGAGGCUGCAAGGACUCAAAGGGGUACAAGUAGGAAUGGGACAGCCCUUUGUUUUUGUUUUUUUUUGAUAGCACGAUAAAAACAAGCAUGCCUCGCCUAUAGCCCUAUAUUUCCUCAGUGGAUAAAGGCUGUUUUAUAUUAUAUACUUGCAAGAAAACUUUUUUUGCAACAUCAAUGCUGAUUACACCCUCCAUGUUUUUGUUUACCAUUUUGCUCUUUUCACUUUACUUGUAUAGCGUUCGCCAGCAGGAUCCCCCAGGGAACUUCUGUUGUGUCAUAAUGCUAUGAAGUAGGGGUAAUUCCCUUACACUACAUCUGCACAUACACCGAAUCACGGAAAGGGUGCAUGAAGGGCUCAAAAAUCUGUGAGAGAUCCCUCACAUACUUUAUGAUUUGGCAGUGGGACAGCCCUAAGCCCUCAUGGACUUAGUGGGAAUGUGCCUCAAAGUCAGUGAGUGAGGACAUUGAGACUGCGCCAUUGUUUCUACUUCAAAGUUUUAUCUUUCUCUGUUGGUAAUCAGGGGGUAUUUCAAAGUUUGGUGCAGCAGUUGCUACUUAAAGAAGUCUGCAAGACGUCCCAGAAUGAUCACAAUCCACUGUGAUGUAAGUCCAGUGUGCUUGGAGGCAGGGUGGGCACGCUUGGGCCCUGCUCCAUUCUGUUGCUCUGUUUAGCCCAGCUUGGCCAAACUAGUGAUGGAAAAGUAAAUCAGCACCGCUUGGUUUGAAUUGAUACGGCCAAAAGUGAGUGGAAAAGCCCCAUUAGACGUAACCUAACUUCACUAUGCGUGAAAACGUACUGGCUGACUGUCACUUAAGAGUGAGCAGGGCAGAACUUCCCAAAAAAAUGCUACUGCUAAGUUUCUGCAAAACACAAUGAUAAACAUCUUGCUUAAGAUUUUUGGUAAACUUGGUCCAGAACCCCACCUCUUCACCAUGACUCAUUUUACUCUUGCCUGACAUUAGAAACACACCUUUAUAUGUUUAACUGUUCAUUAUGCAUUUUUAACCUUAAAUGUCAACAGACUGUUUCUUUACAUUGAUUUUCAUGACCUUCUUUAUUCCUGUUUUUCUCCAAAGCAUUUCCAGCCAAAUAAUUUUGUUAUGUGUAUGGUAUUAAACAUUAAUCAUGUGACACUGUUAUUCACACAAGCUGACUGUAUGACCUGCUGUCUGAAUAAGCCCGUCUGCCACUUGAGAAGUGCAAUAUCUAUGUAGAAAAAUAGAAGUCAAUGGGUGAAGUUAUUAGGAGAGAGUUUCAAUUGACUGCCUGUUACAAAGUACUCAUAACAUGUUGCUGUUGUUUUUACACAGUUGUGUAAAAUCACACUGUUCCAAAAAUACCUUUUUUGCCUUUAGUCCUUCAAGUUUCAUUUAUUUAGACCUUGUUUUUUUUAUUUACAACUGUGCCCCUGCAUUUCAAUAAAACCUUGUGAAGCAACUUCUGUUCAUUUCACUGUUGGAUAUUUUGAAUGCUUAGCAAAACAAAACAGAACAAAGUGAAUUGCACACACUAAAUUCUGCUGUCACUGUAUUUGAAUAGAAAAC